UUUGGCCCUCCACCGCCAGUCUGCCACUCACAGAAGCACUUAGCACGAUGAAGAUUGCCAUUGCAGCAGCAGCAGCCGCUCCCCUCCUCCUGCUCCUGGCCCUGGCCGGCACGGCCCGCGCCGUGACUUUCGACGCGACGAACACGGUUCCGGACUCGGCCGGCGGCCAGAGAUUCAACCAGGACGUUGGCGUCGACUACGCCAAGCAGGUGCUCUCCGAUGCCUCGUCCUUCAUCUGGACCACCUUCAACCAGCCCAACCCGGGAGACCGUAGGGACUACGACUCGGUCACCCUCGCUGUCGUCGACAACAUCGAGCCUGUGGCCCAGACCGUCGGCAACGCUAUCCAACUCCGAGCCCAAUACGUCGCCGGCUUCGACGGCGACGUCAAGCAAGAGGUGAAAGGCGUACUGUACCACGAGGCGACGCACGUGUGGCAGUGGAUAGACCACUACGGCGAAAAACCGGGGCUCUUCGAGGGGAUCGCCGACUACGUGCGGCUCAAGGCCGACCUCGCGCCGGGGCACUGGGUGAAGGACGGGGGCGGCGACCGGUGGGAUCAGGGGUACGACGUGACGGCCAGGUUCCUGGACUACUGCGACUCGCUCAAGCCAGGGUUCGUGGCGGAGAUGAACGGCAAGCUCAAGGAUGGCUACAGCGACGACUACUUCGUGCAGAUCCUGGGGAAGAGCGUGGACGAGCUGUGGAGCGACUACAAGGCCAAGUACCCCCAGCCCCAGAGCUGAUGGUCGACGUACGAUGCAUGCAGUUUAUUGUUGUAUGUGUACCGGUAUACAUCGACGUUCGAACUGAUCCAGUAUACUUGUGUUAGAACACAGUUGCUGUAUUGACUGGAGCGGAAUAAAUUGACGUUGGCACGGUGUGUGUUAACGAACUGAGGAGACAAAUGGUGUCACGAGGGAGAGAAGAGUUCUUGUCUUAGAUACUACUCCAUUGCCGUGCAUCGAGAGUGUUAGACGUAUUAGCAUUGAACUCUUAUUGUAAUCUUAACCUCCUUUCGUUUCCUAGCAGGACUCCUUGUAAUGAUCUGAUCAGGAGAUCGAUCUAUGUUUUUGUGUAAGCUAUGACGAGGGCUUCUCGUCCUAAUAUAAAUGAACAUCACGUGGCUUCCUUUAGAAAUAGGAACGCUACCAACCUAA